AUGGGGCGGGGCUGCACAAUGGAGGAGUGGCGGCACUUCGAGAAGGAGAAGGAGGAGGGGCACGUGCCCAAUUCGUCGUACUGGUACGUGCGGUGCCGCCACUGCGCGGCGGCCAAGCUGACGGGCCGUCGCUCGGCCAUGAGGGCGCACCUGAAGCUCUGCCCGAUGUACGCGGCGCAGUAUCGGAUGGAACAGUGCGCGCUGCAGGCGGCGGCGGCGGCGGCGGCGGCUGCCAGGACCGAGGCGGAGGCUACUACUGCUGCCGCUGCCAGGACCGGGGCGGAGGCUGCCGCGCUCGCCGAAGCCAGCGCGACGGGCGAGAGGCGCAAGCGCCGCGCCGCCAGCGGGGAGAGCAGCGGGCCGCGCGGCGGCCGCGGCAAGCACUGCAUGAUGGAGGAGUGGGAGCACUUCACGCGCCUGCAGGACGAGGGCUACAUCGGCAAGUCCAACUUCUUCUACGCCGUGUGCAAGCACUGCCAGCGCGCGCACGACGAGGCGGACGCGGAGCAGAAGCCGCUGCUCGUGCCGGAGAAGCUGGUGGGGCGGCGCGAGAAGAUGCGCAAGCACCUCUCGCUCUGUCCACACUUCAAGGGCGACCUGCCGCCCGCGGACCGCAGACUGUUGCCGCGCGGCUACGGCCUGCCGCCUAGCGUCGUGUUCAGCGCGCUGGCCGGUGCAGGGGGCGCGACGGACCUGUCGCCCGAGGAAGCUGCGUCUGCUGUUGCCGCCGCCGCUGCUGCUGCAGCUGUAGUGUCGGCCCCCGCCAACAACGGCUCCUCGCGGCUGGCGCUCGACGAGUGGCACUUCUUCACGCGGCUCGAGCGCAAAAAGGACAGCGCGUACUAUUACGCCCGCUGCAACUUCUGCCAGCAGGCGUACGAGAACGCCCCCGAGAGUAUGAAGGCGAGUAUGGAGCCGUCCAUCGUCAUGGGUCGCAAGAGCAACAUGCAGACCCACUUGUCCAAGUGUCUCCACCUGCCCAAGGACCCAACGACGCUGGCCAGGGUUUGCAGUGCGGGAUUCAGCUACGGUGGCGGUGCAACUUCGCUCGCAACGCCACUGGAUGCGACCGUGCCGCCGCCGGAGCUGAAGCGCGCGAGGCUGGACACGGGCAACGCCGCGCCGCCAUCAUUUUUUUUGCCCGACAGCACCGCCGUGCACCGAGCGCUGGCGCGAGUUCUCAUCGAGCACCACCUGCCCUUUGAGUGGGUGGAAAGUGAUAGCGCCAAACAGCUAUUCCGUGCUCUGGUUCCUGCGGCGAACGAGCUCAUUCCGACCGCCACGGACUUUCGCACUCGCGUUCUGGACGAGAUCCACCACGCAACUCUCCGCACCGAACUCACCAAGCUGCAAGAGCCCAUUCCACUUGAGCUGGGUGCAUCCGCGUUUGCUGCGGAUGCCGUGGACACCUUGUCUGUUGCGUCGGUGGGGUCGUGGCCAGUCAUGUUGCACUGCAAUCUGUCCGUCAGCCAGCUCGACGGGAUUGUCCAAGCGCCCUCGAUCGAAGGAGUCGUCACCGACGGACAGGCUAUCGUGUCACUUUCGUUUGUGCGAACUCAAAAGCCGGAAGCAGACGUGGAAGCUGAGCUUGCCUAUAACCACGGACUCGAGGUUGCUCGAUGGCUGGACGACCACAUUCGACUUUGCGUUGACCGAACAAAAGUGGCCCUCGGAGCAGUGGUGUUUCCGUACAACACAAUCACGCAACGCGCUGUUGGCAUUCUUCGCGCACCUGCACACUGGCCUCAAGUUGCGUUCUUGCCCGACAUGGAGGACAUGCUGCGGUUUCCUCUGCUGAAGUUGCUGGCCACUGCGGAGGUGUUUACAGUCGUAUCGUCGCUGAUCGAGGUGUGGCAGCUCGAAUCGAUCCGCGCAUGUGUGAUGGAGCGCUUAUCGGAGAUAGACGGCGGCGCUCACACGAGCCCCUUCUGCGAUUGGGAGUCCUGUGCCACACUCAUUCAAGUGCUGCUCGACGAGAAAACGUUCGAGGCGAGCUCGACAAGAGGAGCGGCGAACGCCAAGAGGCUGGUGGAGAAUGCGCUGAAUCGCUCACUGCUGGAGCGGGUUUAUAACCUGCUUCAUGCCUUCACGAACGCCUUCGCUAGCUGCCGAAGCGGGCUGAGUUUGUCAGACACAUUGGUGCAGUUGGGGGCUUUGUUGACCGCAGCUGAAGGAUUCAUCACGGUGCAGCUCGCGUUGGAGGUGGUUUGGGAGCAGAUGGAGCAGCCACUCUUCGUGGUAGCACACGCGCUGAACCCGCGUCUGCGGCUACGUGAGCUCAACAGCACCGAUAUCACCAAGCUGAGCACUUUGAGUGACCUCAGUGUGUCGUACUUCCGGUGCUUCUUCGGGCGCAAGCCGACUUUGCUGCGUGGGGAGGUGACCGCGUACCUGCACACGUCCCAGCGCGUGUUCACCAGCGAGUUCGUCGCUGAGUUUCCCGUCGUGGACGACUAUUUCCGCUAUCUGAGCGACAACUUCCCGUCGCUCUCAAUGCUGAUGCAAGUGCUGCACUCGUUCUCAUCAGUGUCGCUGACUAGCCGCUCCACGCAACAAGGCUCAAGCAAGAGCGUCGUGCCUAUUUACACUAACGAGGAGCAGCAGAAGCUCGAGUACCUCCGUGAUCGGUGGGGCAUUUCCUUGUCUGGUGCUGCCGCUUCAUCGCUGGACACGCUGGGUGAAGGGGGAGCAAAAAGUCGCAUCGUGGCGCACAACGACCGCAGUGGCGCUGCGAUGCUGAACGCUGGAGUCGUGGUGGACGAGUGGAAAGAGGCGCUCGAGUCCAAGCUGCACGUGCGAGGCGUUGAUUUCUCGCUGCUGGAGGACAAGUUCGACGGCAUGGAUGAACCCGAUAUCGCGACGGUGACUACCGAGCAAGAUGAUAGCAGCGACGUCGGCGUCGAGCAAACUAUUGCAAGUGGACUGAAGUUGCCUUCGUUGGCGCACGACGACGAGCUGACGUUUCCCUCAGUUCCUCUGCGCGCCGAGUUCUCGAUGAAGGUGCCGCUCAAGGACCUUUUCAAAACUGCAGAGGCAACGAUCUAG